AUAUUAUUUUGUUAGAGUGGCAACGCUGUUUGUUAUUGUCGACCAAUUUUGUUUACCAAUUUGUGCAAUUGAUUGUAAGAAAUAUUUGAAAAUACUGACAGAGAAUUUUAGUAAUAUGAGUACAUUGGAAACCAAUAUCGAAAUGUUAUCGUCAGCUGAAAUCACCCCGAAGAAGAGCGGCGACGCCAAAGAAAGCGCCAAACUGGAAGAAUUAAUUUCGCUGGAAACAUUGCGUGAAUCGCCUGUGCAGUGGCCAGAACGCUUUCCCGGCAUGGAGGAGUUCCUGACCAUGAGCGAAACACCCAUACACACACCAACCGCUGACUCUGCACAGAUAUUGUCCAGCAAUAAUAUGGCCUCCAUUAAUCAGUUUGCCCGCCUGCCGCCGGAACAGCUGGUCGAGAAAAUUAAAGAGAUGCAUGACCAAAUAUAUAAACUAGGCCUGCGUGAGUCUAAGGAAAUGACGCGCGGCAAAUUGUUGGGCAUCUUUGAUCGCGAUCGUUUAACUCGGGCGAAAGCUAUGCGCAAUUAAUUGUAUGGAAAAGCUGCGAUUUCUGAUUUCGCAUUAAUUAUUUAUAGUUGUAUUUGAUUGUAUUUAUAUAUAUAUAUAUAUAUAUAACAUAAUCACAUAGAUAUAUGUUUGCGUGUGGCUAUCAAUUAAAUGCCCAAUACCACAAUUUGUAAAAUUAUGUUCGUGAGCUAUGCUGUUAUGCUAGUCAACAAUAAAUAACAUUUAUUUCCAAUAAAGCCUCAUUAUGGCAUACAUAUAUGUAUAUA